UCAAACAAGCCGCAAGCUAUUCUUUUAAAUAAAAUACUUCCCUACCAGUCUCAACAUUUGCCUGUACAAAGUUAUAUUUGUUAUAUCAAAUUCGAUUAUUUUGAAUUGCAAACAUAUUCAUUUAAGUGUUCUAUGAAAGUGUUAAAAAGCAAUCGUUAAUUUCCAUUUAGAACUAUGGUAAUAUUCAGUAUGAUUCUCAGGCGGUUUGAAUAUUUACGACAAAAAUAACAGUGUGACUCCGGUUUCAAAAACGUGUUGUUUUCUUGAAGUUCAUAUUAAAAAGGAAUGGUAUCAACGAGAGGCUUACGCUAUAAAUUUAGCGAAGGGGAACGCGUCCUUUGCUAUGAACCAGACCCUACUAAGGCCAAAGUAUUGUAUGAUUCUAAGGUUUUAGAAGUAAUAGAGAGCAAAGACAAAAGGGGACGUCGUACUGUAGAGUACCUAAUACAUUUCCAAGGUUGGAAUUCUUCGUGGGACCGUUGUGUUAGUGAAGACUUUAUACUUAAGGACUCACAAGAAAACAGACAGUUGCAGAGGGACUUAGCUGAGAAGUCACAGCUCCAAUUAGGAGCAUAUUUAUAUAGAAGAGAGCCUAAGAAGAGAAUCAACACGACCGCUCACCCGGGACCCGCGAAGCGCGCCCGGCACGGGUGCAGCGAUGCUGGAUCAUCAACCAGUACACAGCCUGAUGAAGUUGAGCCAGGGGACACUGACUCAUCAAGUGGGUCAGCGACAAGUUCAGGGUUGGACUCCGGCAGUAAUAGCUCCGGCUCCCAACAGCGCUUGCAGCGUAAGCCGCCGGGGUUCAAAGCUGAUAUACCUAUACCACCUGCGCUCAGGGAUCGUCUAACAUUCGACUACCACUUGGUGGUGAAGCGCGGGCGGCUGUCGCGGCUGCCGGCGUCCCCGUGCGCCGCCGAGAUACUGGAGUCCUUUGUGAAGUGGUUCGCGCACACCGGCGUGUGGCAGGCCACCAGGACGCGCCACGCGCCCCCGCAACGACCUGACAUACCCGAUGUAUCUUGCAGGUUGCAUCUAGUCAGAGAGGUCGCGGAGGGAAUAAGAAUAUACAUUGACUUUAUCCUCGGCGACCAUUUACUGUACAGACAGGAGCAGAACCAAUACUGGCAGAUCUGUGGACAGUAUAAUGAAGACGUUAAACCAAAAAGUGAGAAUGGAGAUUCGCAAGAGGAAGAUACCCUAGGGACAGAUGAAGAAAGAAACAGUCCAAAGAUGCCGGAAUACUCACAUCUGCCACCAGACCCUGUCCGCAAUCAGAAUGACAAAGAAAACGACACUGAGACUGAAGAAGAUGAAGAGGAUGAGGAUGAUGAAGAAGAUAACGAGGAGGAUCAAGAAGUAGAAAAUGCUUUACAUAACAAUGUCGAAAACCAUUCUCAUGAAAGUGAAACAGAGGAUGACGAAGAUGAAAACGGUGAAGAACAGGACGAAAGUGAUGUACAAGAUAAUGGUGAGAAUGAAGAAGAUACUGGACACAAUAAUUUAGAGAAUGAAGUAGACAAUGCUUCACAGGAUGACACAGAAAACGAGGAGGAUGAUGGACAAAGUAACGAAGAAAACGACGAAGACAAUGUUUUACACAACAAUAUAGGAAACAUCCAUAAUCCUGUACAUAACAUAGAAAACCAUAGAGAUGAUAGUGCAGACUCAAACGAAGAUAAUGACGAAGAUUUUGUAAAUAAUGACGCUGAGAAUGAAGACGUUGUACAUAAUAACGUAGGAAAUAACGAUAGUAAUAUUGUACAUAAUAAUGGUCAAAAUGUACCUAAUAAUUUAGAAAAUGGUGAUGAUGAGGAAAUUAGUGAAGGAGAUGAUGAAUAUCGUAAUGUAGAAAAUGGAGAUGACUCUGUACAAAAUGAUGCAAAAGACAUGGAAAAUGACGCCAACAGACCAAACGAAGUAGAACAAAAUAAUGAAGAAGAUGAUGAUGAAAAGAUGGACGUAGAUGAUGAGGGAGAGAAUGAUGAAGAUAACGGAGGUAAAAAUGAUGAAGAAAACUAUGAAGAUGAAGACUCAAAAUCGAAAGUAACGGAAUCCAUCGACGGUAGAAAUUCAUACAACUAUGCUACCUCAAGUUCAGAUCCUAACAACGAGUGCGACGGCGAGGACGUGAAGGUGAAGGUGGAGGUGGAGGUAAAGGUGGAAGUGAAGGUGGAGGCGAGCAGCGAGGAAGUGGAGCCGUGCGAGGAGGUGCGACCGCGCGCGCGCCGCGGACACUAUGCACGGAGACUCCGAUCAUACAAAUCCAACAAAUCGCACUCUGAGAACGAGGAACAGGCGCCCUCAACCUCCACUGGCGGGGAACAGCGGCCCUUCGACACGCAAUCCUCCAGUGUGGAGAGCACGAUGUCGUCGCUGAGUGAGGAGUGGCGCGGUGCGGUGCGCGCUGCCCCCGCGCCGCCCUCGCCCCUCUCACCGCCCUCGCCGCCUGCACUCAAGCGCACACCCCUCUCACUGCUACUGGAAAAGGUGUCAAAGUGGCGCGUGAUACCCCGAGACGAAAGUACAAAGCAUUUGCCCUGCAGGAUCUAUGGCGCCACACAUCUCGCGAGGCUAUUUGUAAAACUACCGGAAUUUCUCAAUGCGACGAAUAUGGCAGAAUCAAAACUAAAAAUUAUAUUGAAAAACAUCGAUAUGUUCGUUCAAUAUUUGGAUCAGCACGGAGAAUGGUUCGGCGAGGUGCACUACAUGUCUGACGGACGGUCGGACUCGCACUGACGGCGACGGAGCGGCGAGUGACGUCUCGCUCCCCACCACCGCACGCACACACGCGCACGCGCACGCGGCAUGCGCGGGUGAAGUGAACAUACGAACGUACUGACCUCUAUAUGAAUACUGGAAUACUUGCUGUAAUUGUGACUAUUUGAAUCCAUUUUGACGCUGACCGUAAAGUUCCACGAUACUAAUGCCCGAUUUACACUUGUCCAGUACAGUACAGCUCAAUAUCAGGACUAACAAUCAAAUACCAUAGUGUGAACACAAACUGCCGCCAGUCCACAAUCUAUGCCGGGCUUCGCAACUGUCCAACUAUAAUGCUAGUGUAAACCGGGCAUAAUUAUAGGACAAAUUAAAACUCGAUGUAACGUACUACGUAAAACGUAGUUGUACGAAAUAUCGAUAAACCUAGAUAAGGAGCAUCGACAACUCUAUUGCAUCUGUCUGUAUAAAUUAGUUCUCGGGAACUUCAAGUGAUGUUUCAAAUUGGUGCAGAAAAGUCCUUAAUAGUAAAGAACAGCCAUCCAGUGUAUAUCUAUAGAGUUCAGUUUACAAACAUUCCAUCAAAAACUCUGGCAACGUUAAAAAACUCGAAGUACAACAGUGAAGUGAUGUGAUCAUAGUGCAUAAGUAUUGAAAAGUAUUAGAUAUCCAGUAUGGAUAUCCAAAGUUAAUAAUAAGUGACAUCACAAUGGCAUAAUAAGUUACUUAUUUGUCUCAUUAUUGUAUAUAUGUUGUGCUAUAAGCAAAAAAAGUCAUUUCCAAGAAUUAUUCACCUUUCACUGAUAACCACUUGAUCAAGAUGUUUACAAAAGAAAAUACUGUUUGACGAAAAUUCAUAUGAUGGUCUUUUUAAUCAUUUUUACGUCUAACAAAGAAAAGUAACAGUUUUCUUUUCAGAUAGGGAGGUAAGUAAAAUACCAUUUAUUUAGGACAUAUGCUUCUAUUUAAUUUGAAACAGAAAAUAUUCUUUUCCAUUGUUUUAAAGUUUUAAUAACAUGAAUCACAUUAAAUAUCAAAUUACAUUUACCAUUAAGAAAUACAUAAACAAUACAUUGCUUGACAUUUGAGCAAAUGUUGCCAGAUUAAAUAUAACAAAAUGAUAAAUGUUAAGACACAAACUUCUCUAUCAAAUGAUUAUACUAUUAUCUUUUUUU